AAAAUAUUGCUUAACAGUAUUUUGGGGGAAAACAUCACAAUUCACUGUACAAGCGGGGUUCUUUAUUUGAAAUUGGAAAGCGGCUGAAUCAACUGUGAUUUCUUCUGUGAAAGAAUCAAAGCAACGAUGCAGCAAUCAACCAGUCGGAUCAUCAUCAUUCAUUAGUGAAAUUGCGGAUCGCCAUUUAAUCGACGUCAAUUUUCAAUCAGAUUUGUAAUUACAAACCCUAAACUGUGAUUUUAGGUCAUAAAUUAAAUCCAAUCCCGUAUAAUGUCCAGUGGAAGCGACAGUUCAUGGGUAGGGAAGAAGCCGCUCAGGCGAGUUGGUGGGAUGUCAGAUGCUCUUUCAAUUGCUUCUGAUCUUGGUUUUCGUGUCUCUACUCCCCCUCCUCCUCCUCUUCCUAAGGAGGAGCUCCAAAAUUUAUCUGCCAACGGGGAAAGAGGUGAUGAUUUGGUUAGGGUUUUAAGAGACCUUACAGCAGUUCAGAGAAAGAUUGCUGAUUUGGAAGUAGAACUGCGAGGUAGAAAGGAUGACAAGAAUGUGGCAUAUUUAACACAUGUGAGUGAAAUGGAAAAGAAGAUUGAAACUUUAGCUAGAAUCACUACCAUACUUAAAGAUGUGAUUCAGAAUAAGGAUCGCAUUAUUGCUCGUCUUCAACAACCAUAUUCGUUGGAUUGCAUUCCUGUAGAAGCAGAGUACCAGAAGCAAUUUUCAGAAUUACUAAUGAAGGCGGCGAGUGAUUAUGGUGCAUUGUCUGCAUCAGUUGCAGAUUUUCAGUGGAGCCAGAACUUUAAGGAACCUCCUUCAGUUUGGGCAGAGAUGCUACGUCCGAUUCCAGUUGCGCUGGCAUCAUGUACACGGUUUUUUGAAGCCAUGUCAGCUAUGAGGGAAUCGUUUACCACCCUGCAAAAGCUGAGAGUGGGACAUUCUGCUAACUCCCUACCAUCCACGCCCGCCAAGGAAUUUUCGCAAAGAACGGGGGACUCCAAUUGUGUUACUCCUCCACCCUGGAAAAAUGAAUCUAGUUUUGAUGAUUUAGCUAUCGAGAGCACGAAGGACGCAGAAGCAGAACCACAGGAAGGGGAUGAAUUUGGUAAAGCUGCUAACUUAGAUGACAAUAGCCGACAUAGGUUGUCAUGGCCAUCUGUUAAAACUUAAAACUGUUGGGCUGUAAAUUGUUUCGAUUUUUUUGCUCAUUUCUUUUAAUGUGCGUGUAAUUUAACGACCUAUCUUGGUUUAAUCUGUGUUGUAUGAUUCACAUACGAGCGAUAGAGCAAAAUGUUUGGUUUUUAGUAAAUCCAGUUUACAAGAGAAUAUGUACUUAGAGCCGCUCUUGGUAGCUGAUUUAUGGAAUGAUUUGUAUCUUUGUAACUUCCCAAACAAUACUCCUAUAUGAUUUUACGAACGUUGGAUUUCUGCAUAA